GAAUGAGGUUGGAGCAGCAUAUAGUUGUGGCAUAGAGAAGAUGAGGACGUGGUAAACGAAGAAGAGAUGAGGGUUUUGGAGAAUUUGCAGAAGGAUUUUGUAGAAUAGAAUGGAAGUGUUGAAGUAGGUUAUAUAAAUAAAACUGCAUGCGACGUGACAUAUGCCAAACCCACAUUAAAGGUGAUGCGUUUUCAAACAUGUGAUAAUAAUCGAGUUGAACUAGAGAAUUGAACAAAAACCCCGUAAGCCAAUAAGCUUGGGUUUGGAGAAGGCAACAAAUUUGAAUAAAAUUAAUUGGGCUCGAGCACCGUACCGGGGAAGAUUCUAGGGGAAAACGGUGAAAAUUGGUGGGGCCAGAGGUGUUGAGAGUGCCAUGGGUGGGGUGUGGUCCAGGGGGGGGAUGUCGCCAGCGGCCACUGGCAUCAAUCAGGCCAUUAUUAUGCAGAGUGAAGACGACUAAUGAUAUGGCUGUCCCAUUACAGGAGUAAAAAGGAUGAAUCAGUAUAAGGCUACAUACAGUGCUGAUGUGCAUGUUCAUGUCAUUGCGUUAGUGGGAGAGAUGGGGGGAGUUAUGGGGAUCCAUCUGAAAAGAAUCUGACCAUACUUCUAAAGUGGGAGGAGAACCAGGAAGAGACACUACACUUGACUCUUUGAGUUGGUGGGGACUUGCAGUUGAAAGCUAGCUAACCACCGGUUAACAGCUGCCCCAAUUAUACUAGGCGUUUGGUGGCUGCUUGAGAUCAAGGAAACAACCUCAUCACUACUCUACUACUCUACUGAAACAUGGAGCCACCAAACUAUAAUGUUGAAUCCGAAGAUGAAUCUGAAGUCAGUAGCCAAGUAGCGUCCAAUGUAUCCAUCCAAGAGACUUCCUCUGAUCCCUCCAAGGACAGCACUACGACAUCAUCUUGCCUCACAAAUCUUAUAAAGCUUCAGCCAGACCAAGGGUCUGUUUCUCUAGACUUAACACUAUGUUUCAACCCCAACGACACCAAGUUGAAGGGCAUGGGUGAGAGUAGCAGUGAUGCAGUGGCUCAGGCUCCAGUGGCAACGGCCCCAAAGGUUUUCUCUUGCAAUUAUUGCCGGCGCAAGUUCUUCAGCUCACAGGCAUUGGGUGGCCACCAGAAUGCACAUAAGAGAGAAAGGACACUGGCAAAACGGGCCAUGCGGAUGGGAAUGUUCGCAGAUAGAUACACUAGUUUAUCAUCUCUGCCCCUUCACGGUUCUGCAUUCCGGUCCCUUGGGAUUGAAGCUCAUUCCUCACUGCACCAAAGAAUGGUACCGCUGGAAAGGCCUGAUACAAGGGGCGGAGCAAGGUUUGAGCAAGGCUAUUACGGGCUGCCAGUGUUCAUAGAAGAUGAAGAAGCAGAGCUGUUUUGGCCUGGGAGUUUUAGGCAGAUCGGUGAAAGAGUUGGAGGCAGUGCAAUUCCUGAAUUGGCUCAAGGUCCCAAUAUAAAUUUUGUACCAAUGGCUCCCCCACCAACCACAGAUUCGUCUUCACCUGAUCUCACUUUAAAACUAUAAGAUUCUUUCCCCCCUUUUUUCCUUCAUUUCCUCUGGACUCAUUACUCCUCACAGGGUUCACUUUGUACAGCGAGAUAUGCUCGAGGCAUGGCGGCUACCCUCGGAUUUUCCUCUCUCUUUUGUUUCUUUAACUUGUUUUCUUUUCCAAUGAUGUGCUGCGGUUGAGCUAGUAAGUUGUAUGAGAAGUAUCUAAGGAUGAAUUUUAUUGCCAGAACUUACCAUAGUAUUGAUUACUUACAGAGUGACUUGGGUAGGAAGACUUGGUUCUGCACUUCGUUCUCUUCCACAUA